AUGUCAACCAUGCAAAAGAUCUUCGACGGCUUCCAGGAGCGCCAGACAAAACUUGAACAGUCCGAAAACCCUCUCUCUCACGGUGCAGCCCUCAUUGAAGGCCAGGUCUCCCCAUUGUACGAGGCCCGAAUCCCCAUCCUCGACCAGGGCUUCCUCCACAGCGAUCUCACCUACGACGUGCCCGCCGUGUGGGAUGGGAAGCUGUUUCGAUUCGAUGACCACUUGGACCGCCUUGAGGCGAGCUGUAAGAAGCUGCGUCUCAAGCCUCCCAUGUCGCGGGAUGAGAUCAAGCAAGCAACGAUUGACUUGAUCGCAAAGAGUGGUAUUCGCGAUGCCUAUGUCCAACUCAUCGUUACCCGUGGGUUUCGCUUUGUUCGUGAGCCCGUGUCUAGCGACACCCCCGAAAGCAACUUCAUCUACAUCUUGGUGAUGCCGUACGUUUGGAUCAUGCCUCCGCAGCUGCAGCAGUUUGGCGGCGAGGCCAUCGUCGCCCGCACAGUUCGACGCAUCCCACCUGGAGCCAUUGACCCUACAGUCAAGAACCUCCAGUGGGGAGACUUGAUCAGGGGUCUCCUUGAGGCUCAAGAUAGGGGCUCGCAAUAUCCCUUCCUGACCGACGGGGACGCCAACAUUACCGAGGGAGCCGGGUAUAACAUCGUCUUCGUCAAGGACGGCGCCCUCUUUACGGCCAGGAAGGGCGUCCUGGAGGGUAUUACCAGACGAACUGUCUUUGAUGUCGCCGAGGCGAACAAUAUUUCCAUCCACAUCGACGACGUACCGACAAGCUUAGCGUUUGAGGCCGAUGAGAUAUUCAUGUGCACCACUGCGGGUGGUGUCAUGCCUAUCACGAAGCUUGAGGGGAGCGCUGUGGGCAAUGGGGAGAUUGGUCCCAUCACCACCUUGAUCUGGGACGGGUAUUGGGCUCUUCACUAUGACCCUAAACACACCAUCGAGAUCAAGUAUGAGGAAUGA